AUGAGUACUUACACAUCGGCACUGUGUAUUCCAGGUACUGCACGAAAUACAACAAGUUUUGGACCUUGCCUUCUAUGCCCCUCAAAUAUGAAAAGUAACGGUAGCGGAGCUAUGCAAUGUUAUCCAUGUCAAAUAAAUAACUCUCUCUGUUUACGUGGAUCAAUCUAUGAAAUCAACAAAAACAAAUUAACAAACUAUGAUCAAGCAGAACCCUAUCCAGAUUCACCAGAUGUAACAGAAUUCGAUGACAUUCUUUUACAUAAUAUAUUUUUAUUCAGAACAAUUUCAUCAAGUUGUCUAGUUAUUUCACCAUUAUUUUGGGCUACAUUAGCUAUAGCAUUAUCAUUUAUUAUCCUCAUUGUUAUGAUUAUACUUACUUAUUUUCCUGAACAUAAGAACUACCGUAGAUUAAUAAAAACUAUUUUCAAACGAUUUGAUUUAUUAAAAGAAGGAGAACUCUGGCUUGGUGGACUUGCUUCGAUUAUUAUUGUUGUUUUAAUCAUUUUUACAUGUCGAUUUAGUGAUAUGUUU